CGCUAUCGCGCCGUACGCCACCGCUACGCACGCACACGCUACGUGCUCGUUGUCACAGCAUCUUGCCACCGGUGGCAGUGACCUCCUAGCUCCGGACGCGCCACCUCGCCUCCGUUGCCAAGUGCAGCCAGUGCCCGCGUGCAACUGCUACCCGCCAAGACGCCGUCGACGCGCCAGCCAACAACCAUGAUCAGACGACGAGUCCUCGCCCUGGCCCUCGUGGCCUUCACCGGGGAAGCGCUCCAGGCGCCGUCCACGGGGAGACUCAUCCACCGGCACCUCGAGACGAGCGCCACGUCCAAGGUCCAGACGCCGCGCGUCGACCUGUCCAAGCACGUGCAGCCCACGGCCGCCGAGAUUUCCGCCGCGUUCGCCGAGACGCUCGUGAAGCAGCAUGAAACUAGACUAAAAACGGACAAGAAGCAUGCGCGCGACCUCCAGCAGGCGCAAGCUGUCACAGAUGAGGUCCAGGCGUUGCUCGAUGAGACGCGCCAGGCCUUCCAAGAGUCCCUCGCGAAGACGCACGAGGCGAAACUGGAGAUGCAGAAGGAGCAUGCUGCUCAGCUCAAUGCAUUGCAGAGCGAGCUGCGCGAGACGCAAAAGGCGUUCGGCGACCAGUUAGUGAAGGCCCACGAACAAAAGAUCAACCUCAUCAACCAGCACUCCGUCGAAUUAAGACAAGCCGACGCGCGCACGGACGCCGUACGGGAGGAGAUGCAGGAGGUCCAGGCGGCCUUCACGGACUACAUGGCCCGGAAGCAGAACGAACUGAUGGAGCGCACCACGUCUUUACAGAAGGACGUCGAUUCUGCUAGAUCGGAGGCCGAGGCGAAGCAGGGCGAACUUGAUCAGAUCCAGGAGGCCUUCAACGAGCACACCCAACAAACCGACGACCUGAUCGAAGCGCAAGGUGACGAACUGCGGAAAGCGCGCGAGACGCUCCAGGCCGUCGGGGCGUCUGCCAUUGCGGCGCUGAAGGAGUAA